AUGGCGCCUCUCUCUGUGUCGCGCACUUGUGUUUUGUACUUGCUUAGGGUUUUGGGUUUUUCAGUUACUUAUGUGCGUGGAGGAAAAAUACACGCCUCAGUUAAGAAGGCUUUUGUGUCUCGAUUCGUGAAUUUGCUGGAGGAAGGAAUAUCUUACCAAAUAAGAUAUUUUGGUGUUGGACUCAAUAAGGGUUACUUCAAGACUACACAUCAUGAAUACGUGGUUAAUUUAAACCAACGUACUGAUGUGCACAGACUUCCAGAAUCGUCGAGUAUCCCACGAUAUGGAUUUAAGUUUGUGAGUUUUGACACUCUCAAUACUCCUGGGUAUGAUUGCACCUAUUUAGUUGAUGUUGUUGGAUAUCUUGCUGGAAUUGGGAAUGCGAAGACUCUUGAAAAGGAUGGCAAAUCUACCAAAUAUACUGUUAUCGAAUUAGAGAUUGAUGAUGGAAAAAUAAUGGAGUGUGCACUUCUUGGCAACUAUGUACAUGAAUUAAAUACUUUUCUGGGAUCUGACUGUAAGGAUGGAGCUGUUGUCGUCUUACAGUUUGUUAGAGUGAAGUUAUUUAACGAAAAGAUUGUUUUACAAAAUUCCAUGUAUGGCACAAAGAUGUUCUUCAAUCUUGAAGAUACAACUGUCAUCCAAUUUAAAAAUAGAUUUGAAGAAUCUAGAGGUAAUAUUGGCAGAAUUUCAAAUGAGGCUGCAUUCUUAAAAAUUUAUCAAGGCAAAACCAUCGAACAGUUAAAAGAAUUCGAUACGGAAUUUGACUACACCGGUAGUUUGCUUCCAAUUUCAAAAACAUCCUCAAUCAUUGAAGGGGAGAAAGUAAAAGGUGCUAAGAAUUUGUUGCUUGAAUUCUCCAAUGAAGUUGCUGCCAAUGAUAAAUCCGAAUUGUUGGAAAAUGCUAUUACACCAACUAAGCGAUUAUGCUCGGAGUCGGAAGAAUCGAAGAUUCGAAAUGAAAUGUGUAACAAGGAGCACAACAUCCUAUGCCAAUUGCUUUUCUAA